CGUUGGCUGGAGUGGGUGAUCCUAGGGUUCGGCUAGGGUUAGCUUUCCUUUUGUAUAUGAGCAGCCGAGUGAGGUGUGAGGGAGAACAACAAAUAUACAGUCAAUAAUAUCAGUAGCUAGAAGAGUGUUCAGAGCUCUUCCGUGGAUUAGUCCUGGAUCAUCCAGGGAUACCACGUAAAUCCGGUGUCAGUUAUUUCAUUGUCAUUUCCGAUUGUUCAACAUGGUAUCAGAGCUUCCGCCACUGAAUUCCGAUCGUCCCUCUGUCCGUCUGACAUCAACAAAUUUCGCGUUAUGGGAGUUUCAAUUCCGAGUGUUCGUGGAAGGUCAUGGUUUGCUGGGUAUUCUUGACGGGACUGUUCCGCAGCCGCGACCAACCCUUCCCGCGUCUGAGAUCGAGCAAUGGAACCAGCGAGAUGCUCGAGUUCGUCACUGGCUGCUCGGAUCAGUCGAUCCCUCCACUUGUUUAAGUCUUCGACCGUUUGCUACCGCGCAUCAGAUGAUGCAACGACUGAAAGCUACUUACUCUACUGUGAACGUUGCUCGGCAGUUCGAGCUGCAAACUGCACUGGCGCGCCUUGAGCAAGGCGACUUGUCCAUCACCGAGUACUUCAACUCAGCCCAGGAAUUGUGGACUGAACAUGAUAUCAUUCAGGCCACGAUUCGACCUCAAGCUGUCACCACAGAUGCCCUGGCCGAGAGACAACAAACCCGGCUGUUCCAGUUCUUGAUGAGGUUGCGGCCCGAGUAUGAAGCUGUGCGCACAACAUUGCUUAAUCAGGCAGAAUUGCAAUUUGAUGGCAUGCUGGGGGUUUUGGUUCGUGAGGAAACGCGGCUACGAACUCAAGCCCAGCUUGAUGUGCGACCAGGAGCAGGGGAGUCAGUUUUUUCGGCUUCUCAAUCCACCGCCUAUGCUGCCGAUCGCCGUCAGUUUCAGCGUCGCACUCCGAUCUCUGAACUAGAGUGUCACCAUUGCCACGAACGUGGCCACCUGAAGAAACACUGCCGUGGAUGGAACUUUUGCGUUUAUUGCAAAAGAACCGGUCAUAUUGUCUUGGAUUGCCGAACUCGGCAGCGCCAUGAAGCGCGCUCACAAGGAGGAAUUAUGGCUGCCUCUUCCCAGCGGCCAGCAUCUGCAUCAGGAACCUUUUCGGGAUCUUCUUCUCGGAUUUAUGAUCGCCAAGCAGCUCCUGCCGUGGACCGACCGCACCAAGCAGCAUAUAUGGCCGAAGCAGCUCCUGCCAUGGACCAUCCGCACCGAGCAGCAUAUGCGGCCGAAGCGAGCAGCAGUGGUGGCGGUGGUGGUCUGUCCGCCCAAGACAUUGAGCACAUGGUAAACGCUGCACUCCAAAGGUCACUGCCGACAGCCAUAAAUGCUGCUUUUGCAACCCUUCAUGGUAACUCAGGUAAGCUGUCUCCUUGGAUCCUUGAUUCCGGCUGUUUCAACCAUAUGACUAGUGAUUCUAGUUGUUUAACGAACGUGCUACCGAUUAAUGAUCUGUCUUUGCGGGUAGCAAAUGGAAAUCAGUUACAAGUUAGUGGUAUGGGUAUGAUGCAUGAUUCUCACCUUGAUUUACCACAUACUCUUCAUGUACCACAACUUGUUCCUAACUUAGUUUCUGUGGGACAACUUACCGAAGCUGGCUGUUCUGUUUUGUUUGCACCGUCCGGUUGUGUUAUCCAGGACCUGGAGACGGGGAGGCAGAUCGGCAGAGGGAGUAAACGGGGGAGGAUCUUUCACUUAGAAGAACUUGGAAAAUCUUCAUCAUCAUUGUCUAUCAGUAAUCAUCGUGAUAGGUCUGUCAGUAGUCCUGCAUCUUUUCCUACAUGUUUUUCGAGUCCGUCUUGUGAUGUUUGGGAUCUUUGGCACAAUCGUUUAGGACAUCCUCAUUCGAGUCGUUUGGCUGUGAUGUUUAGGCAGUCUUUGCUUGGUAAAAAUAAUGCUUGUACCUCUGCGAAACAUUCUUGCACGAGCUGUGUUGAAGCAAAAACCAGUAGUCGGUCAUUUCCUUCUAGUACCACUGUGAUUGAUCAACCUUUUCAUGUUAUUCAUACUGAUCUGUGGGGACCUUCUUCUGUUCUUUCUCGACAUGGCUUUCGUUAUUUUGCCUUGUUUAUUGAUCAUGCUACUCGUUUCACUUGGGUGUAUUUCCUGCGUCAAAAAUCAGAACUUCGAUCGGUCGCUACUGAAUUUCUAAAAAUGAUACAUACUCAAUUCGAUAGACCAGUGAAAAUUGUGCGUUCUGAUCCUGGUGGGGAAUUUAGUUCCUCUCCAUUGUAUGAAGUAUAUCGUUCUCUAGGCAUUCUGACUCAGAAAUCGUGUCCCGGUGUUUCUCAACAAAAUGGUCUGGUUGAACGCAAAAAUCGUCAUGUCCUCGAUCUUACUCGUGCUCUUCUUCUUGCCUCGAAUGUCCCUAGUCGGUUUUGGCCUGAGGCAGUCGCCACUGCGGUUCGUCUUAUCAAUUAUCAAGUUACCCCGGUUUUGAAAAACACCAGCCCUUACUUUGCCUUGUACUCAAAACAUCCUGACUACACUAGUCUUCGUGUUUUUGGCUCGCUUUGCUUUGUUCUUCUUCCGCGGCGAGAGCGUACUAAACUGUCUUCUAAAACUGCUAGGUGUGUCUUUCUUGGGUAUAGUGAUGUGCAUAAAGGCUAUUUAUGUUUUGAUCCUCAAUCUCAGCGUAUGCGCAUUGCUACCACCGUUGUUUUCUUUGAACAUAUCAUGUACUACACCGAUGCUUCUUCCUCGCCUAGUUUUCUGCCGUCUACUUCAUCCUUACCUGGUUUCAGUCAUGAUGAUAUUGAUGGUGUUGAUUUUCUUCCACCGACUCCCCCCGCCACUCCUGACUCCGAUUUGUCUUCCCCGGGUGGCUCUUCGUCUGGUUCUACAUCAUCACCGCCGCCCGAUCUCACGUCCAGCUCUACUGCUUCUGCGUCUCCAUCGUCGCCAGUCUCCGCUUCUCCAUCCAGUUCAUCCUCUGCAGCGCCAAAUACAUCUCAUGGCUUGUCUACAUCACCAGCUCCUUUACCCCGUCGUUCCACCCGUUCCACAAGAGGUAUUCCCCCACCUAAAUUUAACGACUAUGUUGCUCAUGGGGUGGAUGCUUUUCUUGUCCCCACUCGCUACAAGCAAGCUCAAGGAGAUCCGGUUUGGGAUUAUGCGAUGAAGAAAGAGUUGGAUGCCUUACAUGCCAACAAUACCUGGACCUUGGUUCCGCGACCUCCUCCUUCUACCUCUGUUGUUGGUUGUCGUUGGGUGUACACAAUUAAAAUGAAUCCUGAUGGUACGAUUGAGCGUCAUAAGGCUCGUUUGGUUGCUCAGGGGUUUACACAGGAAAUGGGGAUUGACUACAGUGAAACAUUUGCCCCAGUGGCCAAGAUGUCUACUGUUCGCACUUUAUUGGCUGUUGCUUCUCUGCAGAAUUGGCCUCUGUAUCAGUUGGACGUGAAGAAUGCAUUCCUUCAUGGUGAUUUGGAUGAGGUCAUCUAUAUGGAGCGUCCUCCUGGGUACACUCUUGGUACUGCUGAUCAGGUUUGCCGCCUUAAUCGGUCUUUAUAUGGUCUUAAACAGGCACCUCGUGCCUGGUUCGAGAAAUUUCAGGCUACUAUCACUGCACUUGGUUAUCAGCAGAGUUUGAAUGAUCCAUCCCUUUUUACCAAGAAAACCUCGUCCGGUCUGGUUGCUUUGCUGCUUUAUGUUGAUGAUAUGGUUAUCACUGGGUCCGAUCCUGCCGGUAUUCAGAGUUUGAAGGAUGGUCUUAGUGCGGUUUUUAAUCUUAAAGACCUCGGUGAUCUGUCUUAUUUCCUUGGUCUUGAGGUUACUCGUAAUGCCAAGGGGCUUCUCUUGAGUCAGCGGAAAUAUAUAUCCGAUCUACUGUCUGAUCAUCAGUUUCAUGACUGCAAGCCUGUUUCUACACCGAUGGAACCUAAUCUUCAUCUCAGUCGUUCAUCUGGUCCUCCUCUUCCGGAUGCCACUGCUUAUCGGAGUAUUGUUGGGAGUCUGAUAUAUCUUGCUGCGACUCGCCCCGACCUUUCUUAUCCUGUGCAAGUUGUCAGUCAAUUCAUGGCAUCUCCCUGCACUGAUCAUUUAGCGGCCGUUCAUCGUAUCCUUCGCUAUCUUCAAGGCACUCGAGAUGUCGGCAUGUUUUUUCCUUCCUCCGGUGCAUUGGCCCUUCGUGCGUACUCCGACUCCGACUUUGCGGGCUGUGUCGAUACUCGACGAUCUACUACUGGCUGGGCUGUACAAUUUGGUUCUGCUUUUAUCUCCUGGCGAUGUAAGAAGCAAGACAAGGUAUCUAAGUCAUCCACCGAGGCGGAAUACAGGGCCAUGUCUGAUGUCGCUUCUGAACUUGUUUGGUUACGUCGUCUCCUCCGUGAUCUCGGAGUAAUCUGUUCUCUUCCUAUGGAUCUGUUUGUGGAUAACACCAGCGCUAUCCGGAUUGCCGUCAAUCCUGUUCUACAUGAUCGCACCAAGCACAUCGAAAUUCAUGUUCACUACAUCCGCGAUCUUGUUGGGGAGGGCACCAUUACUCUUCACUAUGUCCGCACGGAAGAUCAGAUUGCUGAUGUUUUCACAAAGGCCUUCUCCACCAGUCGUCAUUGGUAUCUCUCGAGCAAAUUGAUGCUUUGUGACCAGCAUCAAUUUGGGGGAGGCUGUUAGCAGGUGUUAAUUAAUGGGUUAAUUAUUGUUGGGUUAGAGGUUAAUUGUUUGUAGUUAUUAGGCCCAUUGAUGUUGCCCAUUUACGUUAGCCCAUGUAACCUUUGCAUGGACACCACGUUGGCUGGAGUGGGUGAUCCUAGGGUUCGGCUAGGGUUAGCUUUCCUUUUGUAUAUGAGCAGCCGAGUGAGGUGUGAGGGAGAACAACAAAUAUACAGUCAAUAAUAUCAGUAGCUAGAAGAGUGUUCAGAGCUCUUCCGUGGAUUAGUCCUGGAUCAUCCAGGGAUACCACGUAAAUCCGGUGUCAGUUAUUUCAUUGUCAUUUCCGAUUGUUCAACAACCACAACAUAAUCGUUCAAGAAAGGAAGACUCAUACACAUAUUAGGCUUAAGUUGAAUCAAAAUUGAGAAGACCCAUAGGAGAAUUCUUUGCUUUUAGAUCCACCGCUCUGCCAGCACAUCCAACGCCGAAUCCCUCUCUCCACCACCACCUGCCUAGCUUCCCUUCCACCUUCGACCCAGACCAAUCGCAUCGCAUCCCACGAUUCACAUCCUUAACCCAAAUAAUGACAUAGGCCAUGAUCCAAAUCCCCAAUCUAAAUCGUGACUGGAGCUCCCAGCCGCGGCGAGAGACAGAACGACGAUGAAUUCUUGCCCAAUGCAUCUUCUCUUCUCCCCAACCCCCACGCAUGCAUUCCAAAUCGAAACCCAGUUUAGAUGAUAGCACUCGCUUCACAGCUCUACUGAACCUCAAUUCUUGCCUCCUUCGACCAACCGCCAUAGCUUUUGAAACCUCUAUCGUCGCAUGUGAAUUCGGUCCCUGUUGCGUACUCCGCCGACAAACCCCUCUUCCUUGCGAUUCGAAAGAAACCCCACUUUCGUAUAUGCUAUGGAAAGCUAAAAUUCUCAAUUUCAUAAUUGUUGUCGACGAGGAGUUGAGGGAUGGAAGGUGGAAGCUAGAAAUUGAGAGAAGGAACAGAGAGGGACAAGAAGAGGUAAUGGAGUCAUCUGUGAGAGAGGAGCAAAGGAAGAAAGAGACAGGGGCAGCGUGGGAAGAGAAAGUAAGCAGAAUGCGUACAAUAACUUAUUUUGGGUCGUUUGGAUGGAGUAUUUGGGUUCAAAUAACUCACAAUGAGUUAUUUGGGCGCAAAUAACUCGUUUAGCAGCGUUUUACUAAAAUGAGUUAUUUGGACAGUGAGUUAUUUACAAAUAACUCAAAACGAGUUAUUUGAAAUAAUUCGUUUUAUCACUCUGCUUUUACCAAAUACCAAUGUCAAAUACCACAUUUGCAUGGUUCAACCAAACGAGAUACUUUAUUUCAAUUACCACUGAAAUAACACUGAAAUACCACAUGAACAAUAAAUGAGUUAUUUGACUCUACAAAUACCACAUUGACAAUGAACCCAUCCAAACGACCUUUGCGUUAUUUCAAAAUAACUCAUCUUUAAAUAAUCCAUUCCACCAAUUCAAAUCCAAAUGAGUUAUUUUGGUCCAAAUAACUCGUUGUGAGUUAUUUGGGUCAAAAUAACUCAUCCAAAUCAUCCAUCCAAACGACCCCUCAAAAUUGAUUAUGUGGUAUUUGUGAGUUAUUUCAUAAUAACUGCCCCACAUGUGGUAUUCUCAAUAACUCAUUAUUGAGUUAUUCUUAGAAUAAUUCGAUACAAAUAACUCAUCACAACCUGUUGCACACAAAUUUUUAGUUAUUUGGUAUCAAAUAACUCAUAAUAAUAACCAUACCAAAUAACUCAUAAUAAUAACCCGUCCAAAUGACCUAAGUAUAUAUGAGUUGUGUAUCCGAUUGUAGCGAAUUUUUUUUAUUCUGCAUAACUUUUCGAGAUCUUGCAAGAUAGGCACCAAAGUCAAGGGAUUUAUCAACAUAACUUUUCGGGCGUACUAAAAGUUGCAAGAUCUCGAAAAUUUUUGCGGAAUCAAAAUUUUUUCGCUAC